AUGAACUGGGGGUCCUUUUACGCCGUGAUCAGCGGCGUAAACAGGCAUUCCACCGGCAUCGGCCGCAUCUGGUUGUCUGUCAUCUUCAUCUUCCGAAUCCUGGUCCUCGUAGUGGCGGCCGAGUCGGUCUGGGGAGACGAGAAGUCUGGCUUCACCUGCAACACCCAGCAGCCCGGCUGCAACUCUGUCUGCUAUGACCAGUUCUUCCCCAUCUCACACAUCCGCCUGUGGGCCUUGCAGCUCAUCCUGGUGUCCACGCCUGCUCUCUUAGUGGCCAUGCACGUAGCCCAUCGCAGACACAUCAACAAGAAGAUCCUGAAGAAGUCCGGGCGUGGUUCCCCCAAGGAGCUGGAACAACUCAAGAACCAGAAGUUUGCGAUCACAGGCGCCCUCUGGUGGACCUAUAUGAUCAGUGUGCUGUUUAGGAUCGUUCUGGAAGUCGGCUUCCUUUAUAUAUUCUACCUGAUCUACCCUGACUUCAAGAUGUUCCGUCUGGUCAAGUGUGACUCGUACCCCUGCCCCAACACUGUCGACUGCUUCGUGUCGCGACCCACGGAGAAAACCAUCUUCACCGUGUUCAUGCUCUCAGUGUCGGGGGUGUGUGUUCUCCUCAACCUGGCCGAGGUGGCCUACCUGAUUGGCCGAGCCUGUCUGAGGUGUAUCCAUGGUAACCAGGAAGAGACUAAGGUAGCAUGGAUCGGUCAGAAACUGUCCUCCUACAAACAGAAUGAAAUCAACCAGAUGAUCGCUGACCAGUCAAAGUUCAAGUUCAACAUGGGAGCUAGGAAGACCUCUAUGGAGAAGGGAGAGCGGUGCUCUGCUUUCUGA